GCCCAUUCUACUCAAUUUACAAUACGACAAUGAUGAUAAUCUAUUUUAUCUACUUAAACAAGAUAGUUUAUUUGAAGAAAUGUACAAAGCAGCAAAUGAAGAGCAACGUUUCGUCAUUGAUACAGUAUUAAAAACUGUGCUAUGUGAUGAAGAUAAAGAAUCAAAUGAGAAAGUGUUUUGCUUAACUGCACACGCUGGAUGUGAGAAAACAUUUGUUCAAAAAGCCAUUUUAAGUAAAUUGCGAUCAAUGCAGCAUGAUUGCAUUUCAUGUGCCUUUAGUGGUAUAGCUGCCAGUUUGCUUGAAGGAGGAAGAACUCUCCAUAAUCUUUUUAAAUUGCCCAUCCCACUUUUAGAAAAUUAUGUAUCUGGCAUCCCAGCGAACAGCAGACAUGCUAUAAGGCUCCUCCAAUCAUCUUUAAUAAUUAUUGAUGAAGUUUCCAUGUGUCCGGUCUAUGCCAUACAAGUAAUUGACAGAUUACUUCGAGACAUCGCCUCCAAUGGUGACAAAGAAAAGUUAUUUGGUGAAAAAACUGUCUUGCUUUGUGGAGAUUUUCAGCAAACUUUGCCAGUUGUACCCCACUCUGGUCGCGCAGGAAUAGUUGAGAGCUGUGUGAAAUCCUGGCCAUUUUGGUCUCAAAUCAGAAAAAUGAUGCUAAAUCAAAACAUGCGAGCCUUGCCAAGUGAACGUGAAUUUAUUAAAUUUCUUAAGGAAAUUGGCAAUGGUACCCCUGAUGAUCUUAUUGAGAUACCAAACUUUCUGAUCAGCUCUGCUUCUAUCAUUGAUGAAAUUUACUGUAAUAUUCCGGAAAUUGUUCAAACUCCUGAGAUAACAAAUCGAGCAAUAUUGGCUCCGAAGAAUGAAGAUUGCGAGGAGAUUAAUCACCAAGUUUUAAGAAUGAUGCCAGGUGAAGAAAGAACUUACAUCAGUUGUGACUCAGUGGUUACUGACAACGAACAUGAACAGACUCUCUAUCCCUCUGAAUUUUUAAAUAACCUUUCAGUGAGUGGCUUACUUCCGCACAAACUCACAUUGAAAGAAAAUGCCAUUGUUUUACUGAUACGUAACUAUAACACUUCAAAGGCACUUAUUAAUGGUACGAGAAUACGCGUCAAAAGGUUGCACCGGAACUGUUUAGAUUGCGAAGUUUUAACAGGUGCUUCAUCUGGACAGCGAAUUUUGAUUCCAAGAAUAAAUUUGAGAAGCUCUGGAACACUACUACCAUUUAUUUUAAACAGAAUUCAAUUUCGGUGA